AUGCCGGAACUUUUGUUCAUAAACAAGAGCCCGUCAUCCAACAUCCUGACGCGUAGCAAGGCGGGCGAGAGAUCCCGUAUCCUCUCGCACGUGCAAAACCGCCGGCGGAGAGAUGAAGCCCGCAAGAAGCUGGGGGCACGGAUGGCUCGGCCUAGUCAGCCAACGCCUUUGUCCUUUGCUAUAGCCUCCUCCAAGUUUUGGCUCCCCAGCCGAACCCAACAACCCAGCAGCGACGAUGAUGACAUGGCAAAGUCUGAGUCCGGGCGGAAUGGCAGAGGGCCCGGGGUCAGCGACCGAAACACGACGUCCCUCGUGUUAUUCUACCCAACCGACAACAGUAGCGACCCUUUCUACAGCACCGUAGCUGGCCGUGACGCCGGAUCGCACGCUAUGCUCCAGCUAUCCUUUGGCGAAGGCGUCAAGGUGACCUUCCUCGCCGAAGCCUUCGCACCAACCAACAUGUUUCCCCCUUCAACCUCCAUGCGACACGACGUUGUCAUCCAACACCGCCUCCAACGCUGCAUUGAAGAUGAUCUCCUCAUGUACGCCACCCUAGCAUACGGCUCGAGCUGCGCGGCAUGGAUGUUUGGCAUCCUCGACGACGAACGACCCCCUGAAUACUUUAUCGACAAAGCCGUCCGCCAAGCCCAAGUCCGGCUGGCGAGCCUCCAGGGCGAUACAAAAGCCGGUCGUAUGAUCGAUAAGCAGUGGUUCGCGCUGUCCAUCUACGCGCUCGCCAUCACCGAGAUCUGGAACCACAUGCCUGAGCUGUGGGCGAGGUGUCCACAGCGGCAGGCCCUGGCCAUGAGAAUUAGCAACCCCAGCCAGAAUACAUCACGCACCCACCUCCGUGCGCUGGUGCAUUUCGUUCAAGAAGCAGGCGGGUGGGGUGUGUUUGACCCAUACGUCCUCGAAAGCUCGUUGCUAGCCGACAAAUACCUUGCCCUGUGGGAGAUGGCGCCGCCCAUCAUCCCCCUGACAUUUGAUCCGGGUCCGCCUCCCGAGACAGUAGGGAAAGCCCUCACGCGGCUGCAUGCGGAUAAUGAUGGUGCGCUGAACCGUCUGGGACAGAGCUUUCUCAACCAUCCAUAUCUUGACGCCGACCUCCGCGUUAUUCUCGCCGAUGUUGCCGACUACGUGCGCAUCGCCCGGGGUGCGUGGGCCGAGCCUUCCGUGAUAUCAUCGUUGCAGUCGUGGUUGUUUCUGCGGUUACAGGCGUUGUUCUACCGGCUGUUGCUGCUUGAUAACCUGCCUCCCGUUGACGAGGUCGUGCGGCUGACGGCUUUGACGUUCCUGCUUGCCACGACACAGUAUCAUGGUGCUCGCCUGUCGGCAGAGUCACAGCCGUGGCGGAUACGGGCGGCCAUGUUGAGUGCUAGAUAUUGGGAUAAUGACGAGUUUACGGAUGGGCUACGGUUUUGGUGUCUUGUCACUGCUGCCAUGUCGGCUAGGGAACCAAAUAAGGAAUGGUUUCUCAGCCGGAUUGUUGAGUUGGUGGAUGAAGAUAAUGGGUUGCGCUUCAAUGACGGGGAAGAAACAGUCGCCAAAGAAAAUCCUUGCUUUCCAGGCUCAGGAUUCAAGGCUCUGUCCCUAGGCAAUGCCAACAGGAGUGACCGUGCCCGCUGCGCGCGGGCACGCCAAAGGAGCCUGGAGGAACUUGCCGGCUGCAGUCGCGCCCUCUUUUUUCCCGCUGUAGACCUCUUGCUUCUGAUUGGCUCGGGAGAGGGUUAUCGCCCGUUUGGCGGGAUCCCAAUGGUCCUGUUCUUCGGGGACUUCUUCCAGUUCGACCCCGUCCUGCAGACCAGCCUCCUCUUGCCGGCGCCCAGGGACCGUGGCGGACAGAGACCGGAAAGCUUGGCGAAGCAUCUCGCAGCGCACAGGCUGUUCCUCCAGUUCACAACCGUUGUCAUCCUCCAGGAGCAGUGCAAGGCGUCCUUCGUAGACGGUCUGAGAGCCAUCACGCCCCUGAACCAAUACCGGUGGGACCUGAACAGGGCAGCCGUCGUCCAGUGGGCCCGUGCCUACGGCAAACACAUCUCCAUCUUUGUAGCCAAGCAUGACACCGAAUCGGCGAAGCGGCUGCGCGUCGAAGAGCUGGGCGACGUGCUCCGCCACGGAGACAACUCGCAGCUGCCAACCCCCGGCCUGUUCUUCUACGCGCAGGGGAUGCCGGUCGUGGUGACUCGGAACCAGUUUGUCGGGCUGAAGGCAGUCAACGGGGCGCCUUUCAAGGCCGUCGACAUCUUUCCCGACCUCGCCGCCGGCACCAUCGCGCUCGCCAGCGAUGUGACUCUUCAUCUUGGACCGCCGGUGGCCGUCCUCCUUCAAACAGGACCUCUUUGCACCCCGGCCUUCGCUAUGACAGAUCAGAAGAGCCAGGGCAAGCAGUUCUCCAACGUACUCGUCAACCUCAAAGGCGUCCACUCGAGUGGCACGGCGACGCGGCCCAGCUUCAUGAGCCUGUACGUGCAGCUGUCGAGGGCGCAGAGCUGGGACGGGCUGCAUCUGUUUCGGAAGCCGGCGCGCAGUGACUUCAUCGAGCCCAAGAACGUGCUUGAUAAAGACAUGAGGGACGCCAUCCUCAAGCUAGAACGACAGGGUGAGGAGACCAGACGGCGGUUCGAGCAAGACCACAGGCACGAGCCGUGGUUUCAAGAAUGGGCUGCCAUGCCUGAAUCUGGCCAGGGUACUGAAACCGAUGACGUAGAGGACGCGGCGCUCUGGCGAGACCCUGGGGUUUCCGAGCUCAGAUCGUAG